AUGAAAAUCCCUAUCAUAUUUUUAUCCAUUAUAUCAAGCAUAUAUAUAGUCUCUGCGUAUAGACAGAAUUCUUUAUCUGAUAAGGAUUUUGUUUUGGAUAUGAUGACCUUCAGAGUUUCUGCUAGUAAAAGUUUACUAUCAGAUAUGUUAAGCCGUUUAUUUCCUACUUUGACCUGUCAAGAACCAAGUGAAUAUAAUGUUGAGACAUUUGGAACUGCAUUGGAGAAUUAUCCAGAUUUAAGUAAACACUACUGUUAUAUGGCUAAGUUUUGACAGAAUCAAUGUAUAAAGAAUAUUACAAUCUAAAAACUUCAAAUGGAUUUACAUUUGAUCAGGUUAUUCAAACUGGUGUUGAUAAUCCUGGUCAUCCAUUUAUUACUAAUGUAGGAGCAGUAGCUGGUGAUGAGGAGUCAUUCGAAUUAUUUAGGGAGUUUUUUGAAAAGAUUGUUGAAGUACGUCAUGGUUUCAUGAGACAUCAAAUUCAAGAAUCUAAUUUAAAUAUAGAUGAAUUGAUUGAAAAUACAAUUGAUGAGAAAUAUGUGAUAUCUGUUCGUGUAAGGACAAGUCGUUCUGUAUCUGGUUUACCAUUUUCACCUGCAACAAAUAGAUACCAACGUAGACAGGUUGAGAAUAUUGUGUCUAGUGCUUUGAAGAGUUUGACUGGUGACUUGGCUGGUAAAUACUAUCCCCUAUCAUCUUUAACUGAAGAAGAAACUCAAAGACUUAUUGAUGAUCACUUAUUAUUCCAGAAGCCAGAAUCACCACUUUUAUUAACUGCUGGUAUGGCUAGAGAUUGGCCAGAUGCUCGUGGUAUUUUUCACAAUGAAAAGAAGGACUUUCUUGUAUGGAUUAAUGAAGAGGAUCAUAUUCGUAUUAUAUCUAUGCAGAACGGUAGCGAUAUUCAUGCAGUAUUUUCUCGUUUCUCUAAAGCUGUGAGUGAAAUAGAAACUUCAAUGUUGAUUAACGGACAUAAAUUUGCAUUUGAUAAACAUUUCGGAUACUUAGCAACUUGUCCUUCAAAUUUAGGUACUGGAUUAAGAGCUUCCGCUUUAGUUAAGAUUCCAUUAUUAGAGAAACAUCCUAGAUUUAUGGAGAUAUUUAAGCCACUUAGAAUGCAGCGAAGAGGAACAUAUGGUGUAGAUUCUCAGAGUAUUGGUGGGGUUCAUGAUAUAUCAAACUCUGAUAGGAUGGGAAGUACUGAAGUUGAACUUGUAAAUACUUUUAUUAAAGGAGCUACCAAGAUUAUUGAAUUAGAAAAGGCAUUAGAAAGAGGGGAGGAUAUUUAUGAUGACAUUGACAAGAUUGUGACUCUUGCCGAGAAAAUUUCUCCAUCAGUAUAA